AUGGAAUAAUAAGUUUAGAUAUAAUAUUUAUUAAAAUAUUAAGGUAAUGAGAUUCUUUUUCCAUUUUUACCUGGUUGUUUAGAUUAAUUUAAUAAUUAUUGUUUAAAUUGUUUGGAAGGAUGGGAUCUUAAUACAAUAGAAAAUGUAUGUUUUCCUAUUUGUGGUAAUGAAGUAAUUGAAGGAAAUGAAUAAUGCGAUGACGGUAAUUUGAACAAUUAUGAUGGAUGUUUUUAAUGCAAAUUUGAAUGUGUUUAAGAUUGCUAGAUAUGUGAAAAUGGAAUUUGUUAGGAAUGUAAUGUAGGAUUUGAAUAUGAUAAAUAGAAUGAAAAAUGUGUAACAAUUUGUGGAGAUGGAUUAUUAAUUCCAUUUGGUUAAGAGAUUUGUGAUGAUGGAAAUAAAGAAAAAGGAGAUGGUUGUUAUAAUUGUAUAUUUGAGUGUCAAUAAUUUUGUGAGAAAUGUAUUUAUUUUGAUUGUGUUAAAUGUUUGGAAGGCUUUAAUCUAUUAAAUGAUAUUUGCAAUCCAAUAUAUGGAGAUAAAAUAGUAUUGAAAGAAGAGUGUGAUGAUGAUAAUAAUAAUAUAGUAAUGAUGAAUGUCAUGAAUGUAAAAAAGUUUGUGCUAAUGAUUGUGAUGUAUGUGAAAAGGGUAUAUGUUAAGUUAAUUGCAAAGAGAAAUUAGGAUUAGGAUUUUAUAUUAUUGAUGGAAUAUGUAAAUCUAAAUGUGGAGAUUCUAUAGUUACAGCUGAAGAGGAUUGUGAUGACGGAAAUAACAUUGAUUAUAAUGGAUGCUUUAAAUGUCAAUAUGCUUGUGAAUAAAAUUGUUUGA